CAACGACGCACAAGGUUGUCCUGGAGAGAUGCCGCCUGGCAUGAUGGGAUGAGUAGUUUUUGUUUGCGAGGGAGUGAUACACAGGAGCAGAAUCCCAAGACAAGCCUAUGCCUUGUGUCGCGGAGAUAUGACGUAGGACCUAAAUGGGGGAAAACGAAAGUCGCCUCUGCUUUCCCACGUGUCGCGCUCAGAGCAGCGGGUGGCGGAGAGCAGAGGCUGGCUGGCUGAGUGACUUCAGGCUCACGCCCCCCUUUCCCAGUCUUUGGGAAAAGGGGAGACCGCGCUGAGUUGUGGGGGCGCCCCAGCAUGGAGCAUCUGCGGCUCAACCUGGUGGCCCCGCUGCAGCUAGUAGCGCAGAGGAACGAGAGGAGCAGCGGCGAGCUCAGCAGGUUCCUGGCCAAACAGAUCUGGAAUCAGCAGGAUCGUCAGUGUAUCCUCAGUGCCUUAGCACAGUUAUCACUGGAUAAAGAAUGCACACUUCUGAUUGGUCGCCAGUUCCGCCCAAUCUUGCUAGAUUUAUUGGAAAGAAAUGCAGAAGUCAUUAAAUCUAGUGGCCAGAUCAACCAUGAUCUUCAUGAGAGACUCUGUGUAGCAAUGAGCAAACUUAUUGGUGAUCAUCCAGAUGUGAUGCCGUUUGCCUUGAGAUACUUUAAAGAUACUUCACCAGUGUUCCAAAGACUCUUUAUGGAAAGUUCAGAUACAAACACAGUUCGAUAUGGGCGCCGACGAAUGAAGUUAAGGGAUCUCAUGGAGGCAGCCUACAAGUUUCUACAAAAAGAGCAGUCAGUAUUCCGAGAGUUGUGGGACUGGAGUGUUUGUGUCCCAUUACUGAGGAGUCAUGAUACUUUAGUUCGAUGGUACACUGCUAGUUGUCUUGCACUGGUUACAUGCAUGAAUGAUGAGCAUCGAUUAUCGUUCUUGAAGAAAAUCUUUAAUCCAGAAGAAUUAAUACAUUUCAGACUUAAGUUACUGGAAGAAUCACGGAUGCAGAACGUUGAAAGUGCUCUUGUCUUGGCCAACCCAGAUACAACCUUUUGGAUCAAAGCAGAGCAGUUGCAGUAUACUCAGGGAGAGCUUGUAUCUGCUGACCUUUCUGCAAAAGUAGUAGCAGUUUGUGGAGUUGUGCUACCUAGACUACAGUGUGAGCCCAGACAAAAUGAGGAGAGCAUCUUGAACCAUUUUGUACUUGUUGAGUCUACCUGCACAAAUCUUCAAAACUUUGCUAUGGCCGUAGUGUCACAAAAUGCAGUGCUACUUGAAGGGCCAGUAGGAUGUGGCAAAACAUCUCUGGUUGAAUUCUUGGCAGCAGUUACAGGAAGAACAAAACCUCCUCACGUCCUGAAAGUCCAGCUUGGAGAUCAAACUGACAGUAAGACCUUACUGGGCAUGUAUCGUUGCACUGAUGUACCAGGGGAGUUUGUGUGGCAGCCAGGGACUUUGACCCAAGCAGUCAGCAAAGGGAACUGGAUACUCUUGGAAGAUAUUGACUAUGCUCCUCUGGAUGUGAUCUCUGUCUUGAUUCCUCUUCUGGAAAACGGAGAACUGUUGAUUCCUGGGCGCUGUGACUGCAUCAAAGUAGCUCCUGGAUUCCAUCUUUUUGCAACUAGAAGAGUUUUCAGUUAUGGUUCUGGUUGGUACAGACAUCAAAACAGCCAUGCUUCUCUUCUGGACAAGUACUGGACAAAAAUUCGGCUGGAAAAUAUGCCUAAAGCAGAACUCAAAGAGAUUCUUCAGAGGACUUUUCCUAAACUUGUCACAAUAACAGAUUGCCUAUUAGACAUCUACAUUCAGCUUACUGGUGAUAAGCAUCUAUCAGAAAACAGCAUUGUAGAAGAUGAGAACUUAACUGAAGGCACAUCACGCUUAAUAGAAGACAAAAGGCCAAGCUUAGAGGGCAGAGAAUUAUCUCUGAGGGACUUGUUGAAUUGGUGCAACAGGAUUGCUUACAACUUUGAUAGUUCUUCUCCCUCUACUGCCCUGAAUAUUUUUCAUGAGGCACUGGACUGUUUUACAGCUAUGUUAUCCAAGCAAGGCAGUAGACUGAAAAUGGCAGAAGUAAUUGGAAGCAAAUUGAACAUUUCCAAGCAUAAGGCUGAAUAUUACUGUCAACUUUAUAAGCCAGAAAUUGUGAUAGGGGAGCAAGAAGUCUCAGUGGGGAGAGUCCAGCUCUUUCGGACGCAUACACUUCUUGUGCAAAGGAAAAGGCAGACUUUUGCACCCACUCGCCCAUCUUCAGUGCUCAUUGAGCAGCUUGCUGUGUGUGUUGACAAAGGAGAACCUGUACUAUUGGUGGGUGAAACAGGAACAGGCAAAACAUCUACUGUUCAAUACCUGGCCCAUAUUACAGGUCACCAUUUGAGGGUUAUCAAUAUGAAUCAGCAGAGUGAUACCGCAGAUCUGCUAGGAGGCUAUAAGCCAGUGGAUAACAAACUAAUUUGGUUGCCCUUGCGAGAGUCUUUUGAGGAGCUUUUUGCACAGACAUUUUCCAGAAAGCAAAACCAGACUUUCUUGGGGCACAUUCAAACGUGUUACAGGCAGAAACGCUGGCACGAUCUUCUUAAACUGAUGCAACAUGUACAUAAAUCUGCCAUGAAUAAGGAAGCAAAGGAAUCUGGCUCACCAUUAAAGGAAAAGUGGGAAGAACUUGGUAUUCGAUUGACUCACGCUCAACAGCAGAUGAAGAUGACAGAAAAUGCUCUAGUCUUUGCAUUUGUAGAGGGAACGCUGGCACAAGCUGUGAAGAAAGGAGAAUGGAUUCUGUUAGAUGAGAUUAACUUGGCUGCAGCAGAGACAUUAGAAUGUUUAAGUGGUUUACUUGAAGGAUUAUCUGGCUCACUGGUAUUGCUAGACAGAGGAGACACAGAGCCCCUGGUGCGUCAUCCAGAUUUUCGAUUGUUUGCCUGUAUGAAUCCAGCUACUGAUGUUGGGAAAAGAAAUCUACCUCCAGGAAUACGUAACAGGUUUACUGAACUUUAUGUAGAAGAGCUACAAAAUGAAGAUGACUUGAAGAUCCUCAUCAUGGAUUAUCUGAAAGGUCUGAAUGUAAGCCGAAACACAGUACAAGGGAUCAUAAACUUCUAUUUGUCUGUGAGAAAGGAGUGUGAAACAAAACUGGCGGAAGGGACAGGCCACAGGCCUCACUACAGCCUUCGUACCCUGUGCAGAGCUUUGAGAUUUGCAUCGAACAAUCCAUGCAACAACAUGCAGCGCUCACUUUAUGAGGGUUUUUGCAUGGGCUUUCUCACGCAGCUUGAUAGAGUUUCCUAUCCAAUAGUUCAGAAACUAAUAUGUCAGCAUAUUCUGACAGGAAACAUCAAAAGCAUUCUCAAGCAGCCCUUACCAGAACCUAAAGGAGGAAAAACGAUAAAGAUUGAAGGAUAUUGGAUUUCACUUGGUGAUGAAGAUCCCAUUGUGGAUGAGACUUAUGUGCUCACACAUUCGGUUAAACUUAAUCUUGGAGAUAUUGUCAGAGUUGUAUCUGCUGGGACUUAUCCUGUACUGAUUCAAGGAAAUACUUCAGUUGGCAAAACGAGUUUAAUUCGCUGGCUGGCUGCUGCUAGUGGGAACCACUGUGUUCGAAUUAACAAUCAUGAACACACCGACAUCCAGGAGUAUAUUGGCUGUUACACAUCAGAUUCAUCUGGAAAGCUGAUAUUUAAGGAAGGUGUCCUCAUUGAUGCUAUGCGAAAAGGCUACUGGAUAAUCCUAGAUGAACUGAACUUGGCACCUACAGAUGUUUUGGAGGCGCUAAACAGAUUGUUAGAUGACAACAGAGAGCUGUUCAUCACAGAGACCCAAGAAACUGUCAAAGCUCACCCAAAAUUCAUGCUGUUUGCUACGCAGAAUCCUCCAGGACUCUAUGGAGGUAGAAAGGUAUUGUCCAGAGCCUUCAGGAAUAGAUUUGUGGAACUGCAUUUUGAUGAACUACCAAGUGCAGAACUAGAAACUAUCCUGCACAAGCGAUGCCAGCUUCCACCUUCCUACUGUAGUAAACUUGUUAAAGUCAUGUUGGAGUUGCAGUCUUAUCGCAGAGGUUCAUCAGUGUUUGCAGGCAAGCAUGGCUUCAUUACUCUCCGGGACCUCUUUCGCUGGGCUGAAAGGUACCGAUUAGCUGAACAGACAGAGAAUGACUAUGAUUGGCUUCAGCAUUUGGCCAAUGAUGGAUUUAUGCUUUUGGCAGGAAGAGUCAGAAAACAAGAAGAGGUGGAUAUUAUUCAGACAGUCAUUGAAAAACACUUUAAAAGGAAAUUGCAUCCCCACAGUCUCUUCUCAGAAGAAAGUGUCAAGAAGCAAAUUGCUAAAGCAUCUACAUGGAAGUCUGUAAUGGAUGACAAGUUCAGUCAUGUUGUGUGGACUCAAGGGAUGAGGAGGCUUGCAGUUCUAGCAGGACGAGCGUUAGAAUUUGGUGAACCCAUACUUCUGGUUGGAGACACAGGGUGUGGCAAAACUACUGUUUGUCAGAUUUUUGCAGCCUUAGCUGGUCAGAAAUUGCAUUCUGUGAACUGCCACCUACACAUGGAGACAUCUGACUUCUUGGGCGGGCUGCGACCGGUAAGGCAACGAUCAAAAGACAAGGAGGCGUUUGACAGUUCUAAACUGUUUGAAUGGCAUGAUGGUUCGCUUGUUCUAGCAAUGAGAGAAGAUGGGUUUUUUCUCAUGGAUGAGAUUUCAUUAGCAGAUGAUUCUGUUCUGGAAAGACUUAAUAGUGUUCUUGAAACUGAAAAGACAUUGGUGUUAGCAGAAAAAGGGAGUGAGGACAAUGAAGUAGAACUGCUGACUGCUGGAGAAAAGUUUCGCAUUUUGGCCACAAUGAAUCCUGGUGGUGACUUUGGGAAGAAAGAGCUAUCACCUGCCCUGCGCAAUAGAUUUACAGAAAUAUGGUGCCCACAAAGUAACAACCAUGAGGAUUUGGUACAGAUUGUAAGGCAUAAUCUUCAUCCAGGCCUCUGCCUGUCCAGAAUAAACCACAAAGGAAUGGAUAUAGCAGAACUCGUGAUGGAUUUCAUAGAGUGGCUGACUAAUCAAGAAUUUGGAUGCCAAUGUAUUCUCAGCAUCCGGGAUGUUUUGUCAUGGGUCAACUUCAUGAAUGUCGUGGCCCAGGACAGACUGUCAGAUUCCUCAGAGGAGGACCCGCUUUUUAGCAUCUCUCCAGUGACAUCAUUUGUUCAUGCUGCAUGCUUGGUAUACAUAGAUGGAAUAGGUUCUGGCACAAUGUCCUGUUCAACUGAUGUGACUUUGGCUCGUGAUAAAUGUCUGGAAUACUUGUGUGGAAGACUUUCCAAACUUGUGCAGCUCACUGAGGAGCAGAAGAAUGAACUGAGAAUUUAUGACAGGGAGAGAGAGAGGGAAAUGAUCUGGAUGGAGAACUAUGUAGGAAUCCACCCAUUUUUUAUACCAAGAGGGCCUCUUUAUCAGAAGAACAAUGUCUCAGACUAUGCUCUAAAUGCGGGAACCACAGCAAUGAAUGCACAGCGAUUGUUGCGGGCUUUGCAGCUUAGCAAGCCCAUCCUCUUGGAAGGCUCUCCAGGUGUUGGGAAGACUAGCCUGGUAGCGGCCCUGGCAAAGGCUUCAGGAAACUGCUUAGUUCGAAUCAACCUUUCUGAACAAACGGAUAUCACGGAUCUGUUUGGCACAGAUUUGCCCGUUGAAGGGGGCAAAGGAGGGGAAUUUGCCUGGCGUGAUGGACCUCUGCUUGCAGCACUGAAAGCUGGACAUUGGAUAGUGUUAGAUGAGCUGAACUUGGCUUCUCAGUCGGUACUCGAAGGCUUGAAUGCUUGUUUUGACCAUCGAGCAGAGAUUUAUAUUCCUGAACUGGGAAUGGGUUUUCGUGUCCAACACAAGACGACAAAGAUCUUUGCGUGCCAGAAUCCCUACAGGCAAGGAGGUGGCAGGAAAGGGCUGCCCAAGUCCUUUCUUAACCGGUUCUCGCAGGUAUAUGUGGACCCACUUUCAGCAGCAGAUAUGGAGUACAUUGGAAAUAACCUGUUUCCUGCCAUCGGUAAAAAAAAUAUUGCAAAGAUGGUUGAAUUCAACAAUAAGAUUGAUCAAGAGAUUAUGGUUGAAAAGAAAUGGGGACAUAAAGGUGGACCCUGGGAGUUUAAUUUGCGAGACCUUUUUCGAUGGUGUCAGCUGAUGCUUGUUGACCAGUCACCUGGCAGUUAUGAUCCUGGCCAACACAUGUUUUUGAUAUAUGGUGAAAGAAUGAGAACUAAAGCAGACAGAGAGAAGGUAGUAUCUCUAUUCAAGGACAUUUUUCGCCCGACUGCUGGUCCAUAUAUGGGAACCAGACAAUUCCACAUCACUCCUUAUAAUGUUCAGGUUGGUUUCUCAGUCCUCUCCCGUGCCAACUAUAUUCCUCCUCCUGGCAGAAAUCUAUUGCUUCUCCACCAUUCACUCCAGCCCUUGGAGUCAAUCAUGAAAUGUGUGCAUAUGAGCUGGAUGGUAGUUUUGGUGGGACCUGCAGCUGCUGGCAAGACCAGCCUAGUUCAGCUUCUGGCAUAUCUAACAGGUCAUCAAUUAAAGAUUAUGGCAAUGAACAGUUCAAUGGAUACAACAGAGUUGUUGGGUGGAUUUGAGCAAGUUGACAUCAUUAGGCCAUGGAAAAGUUUGCUGGAGAAAGUGGAGAUCGUUGUGAGUACACUUCUCAGGGACAGCCUUCUCCUCACGGCUAUCUGUCCAGAUGAUGCUGAAGUUGUGUUGCGUGCCUGGAGCAGUUUCAUUCUUAAUUUUAAACCAAAGUCUCUGGGGGAAGGAAAUCAAGAAAUCACUAUUGAACUAGUGAACAAAUUGGAGGGAGUUCUUAUACUGGUUCAACGGCUGAAUAACAAGAUCACCUCCUACUCAAAGCCAGAGUUUUCGAGACUUGUGGAAGAGUUUCGACACUUCAGGCUCCAGGUAGUUCAGUUUAUGAAGAGCAAGAGCCAUGGGACUUUUGAGUGGGUUGAUGGAAUGUUGGUUCAGGCUUUGCAGUCUGGAGACUGGCUUCUGAUGGACAAUGUUAACUUCUGCAGCCCUUCGGUGCUGGACCGCUUGAAUGCUCUUCUUGAACCUGGAGGAGUCCUUACCAUGAGUGAAAGGGGAGUGAUAGAUGGUGUAACUCCUACUGUCACUCCUCAUCCAAACUUCAGGCUUUUCAUUUCAAUGGAUCCUUUGCAUGGGGAAAUAUCCAGAGCCAUGCGGAACCGUGGGAUUGAAAUAUACAUUCCUGGGGAUGGUGACGAGGAUUCAUUGGACCCUCAUGAUGUGAAGUUGCUAUUGCAUGGAUUGGGAUUGUUGGGAAAUGGCAUAUGUGAUGCACUUGUGGCUGUGCACACAGAAGCUAAGAAAAGCAUAGCAGGUUUUACAUUCUCUCUGUCAUCUUUGAUUCAUGCUGCAACAUUGAUUGCUCAGCAGUUGCACCGAGGACUUGGCUUAGCUAAGAGUUUUUACAGCGUAUGUUGGGAAGUCUAUGCCUGUUCACAGUGGUCACAAGGGAACCAAGAGCUUCUACAGGACUUUAUAAUGAAACAGGUUUCAGCUUUGGCUUCAGAUGAAGCACGGAGUGCGCCCUUGCUUGCUUUGGGAUUGUGGCCGGAUUCUGCUUCCAGUGCUUUGUUUGCAGCAGAAGAUUCUCUCCUGUCCAUGGUUCAGAAUGAUGGGCAGGUCUUGGCAUAUUGCCUGAACAGACUGAAUCUGCAAAACAGCAGAACAUUGCCUCUUACUGUACAUGACUUUGAGAAAAUUCUGCAAUCUCCUAACCCGGAUUGUCUAAAAUUCAACGCAGUUGAGGUGGAUGCUUCUUGGGCCGAUGAUACAGAGGUCCUUUCUGCUGCAGUUAAGUUAUUCAUAGAAAAGUCAACCAAUCAGGACUGGACAUUAAGAGUUGGAUGGCUUAAUCAGCUAAAAAAGAAUUUACCACAAGUGCCUGUUCUACUUCUUUUAGAUUCAGUGUAUACUCAGUUGGAAGCUGGUGCUGCAUCUCUGAAUAAUUUUUACUUCAGUCCUCUCUCGGGUGGUAUCAGUAAUGUAAUCAAGAUGCUUCAGCCAAAUAUGACAGAUGAACAUGUGAUUCCUAUGGAUCCACGAUGGAAUAUGCAAUGUUUGGAUAUCAUUAGCAAUUCAGUGGAUUUUGACACAGAAGUAGAACAUUCAGAUCAACUGCUUAUUCUUCUGAAAUCACUUGCAAAUCGGGCAAUGUUGUUUCUUGACCGGGAAAAAAAAAGCUAUGUUGAAAGGAGCUUGAUUAAUACCAAAAAGCCAAGAACAAGUGCCUUGAGGGUAUCUCUGGAGUUCCAUAAAGAUCCUGGCAACCAUAACUCACUUCCACAUGCUAUUGUGGCCAACCUUGCUGCUUUUUUUGAAAUUUGGGAUGCCUUUGUGUUGCACUGGGUGAAGUCUACUCAAGCAGCUGUAUCUGAUGAAAAAUUGCACGAAAUCUUGCAUUGCUUAUUGUGGCGUGACCGUUUUUGGGCAACAUCUGACACAGUGGCUGUAGAUUCUCCUGGCUUGGCACUUCUGUCUCUUCACUGGCACUGGGUUGUGAAACAUUUAAUCAGCAAAACUCCUCAGUUGCUGAGUGGAUAUGAGCAGCACAAGCUCACCAAGGAUAUUCAGUCUGUCUCGCAGCAAAUUCAGACUUGUCUGGCCAAUCCUGCUGGUUUUUCUGCCAGUGUUAAGAAGCUGCAGAAGUCUUUAGGGAAACCUCUUCCCUUCAAGGAUAACGAAGGAGUGGAAUCUGCUGCCCAGCUAAGAAGACUCUCCAAAGCACUUAAUAUUAUUGAGUUUAGGUCCACCUUUGGGGAUGGUCUGUGGCAGAAUAAUAUAUGUGCUCUGAAAACAGUUGCCAGCAACUGGAAGAUAAAGACAGCAUUACUUCAAGCUCAAGGCCUGGUUCUUAGAGCUAAUCAUCUGAAGGAUGUUAGUUCAGGUGAAUUGCAGACUUUUGUGAAUCUCCAGCAUUCAAAGCUAAAAGAAGGAGGAGUCUUGGUGGAGGCUUUUGAAGAAAAGCAGAUGGAGGGAAAGCAGAUGGACUCUACCUUGUUAACUCAGCUCUGUAAUAGGGUUCAACUGUGGCCUGCAUUGGAGUAUCUGGCAGUGUUAUGGCAGUACAAACUGACAACAGAUUGUGUUGCUGAGGCUUUCUUGCAAAGGAAAGGAAGCAGUCAGCAGUUAAACAUAUGCUCAGAAGCAAGGCAGUUUUUUGCUUUUUGCCUUAAGUUGACACCAGCUACCUCACAACAGCUCCAAGGAUUUUGUUACUUGUUGGACCUUCAUAAGGUCUCCUCAGAAGAAAUUUCCCUCUUAUGGUCAGAAUUGGUAAGUGCUGCAUUGGAAUCCUUUUGGAGCAGCACUGUAACUACAGAUCCAGAGCACUGGCUAGCCUGGCAGCCAAUAUCUAUGGAAGAGAGGAAGAUGCCAAAGUCUCUCAUGGACUCUUCUUUUAAGGGUGUAGGUAUUAUGAGUCGAGCAGUUUUCUCCAAGUGCCUCUCUGAAAUUCUAACUAGCAGCAGCAAGUGGAGUCAGUGGGAUGUGACGGGCCUUCCUGUUCUCUCGGCCUCCCAUGUGACACUGGGGGAGUGGCUGGAGAGAGCACAGCAGCUUUGGGAAGUCAGCUCAGUCCUGUGGACCAACUUGCCCUUUUCUUCGAUGGCUGAAUUUAGGUUUACAGAUGCCAGGUUCCAGUGUGCAAUGUUACAUCGGCAACUCAUGGCUCUUAAAGGCUUAGUUCCAAUAGAACUGCAAGGAGAAUAUCUCCGAAAUUGUGACAGACUAUCCUCCAAAGACCCAGUGGCUUUUCAGUAUAUUUGCAAAAUACUCAGGGAUGUUGCUGCUCAGGACAUAUUGCCUGAAGAGCUUCUCUGUCUCUGGCUGACUUGUUUGCAGCAGUUCUUUGGGCAGGAAGGAGGACCCCAGAACUUACCUGAAGCAGCUCGGCGAGGCAGUAUCUGGGUGAAUCUAGGUCUCCUACAGAUCCAUUUAUGGCUUCCACAGACUCGGUUUGACCCUGCAGUGAAAAGAGACUACAAGCUAAAGUAUGCAGAGGAUGAGUUGCACCAUCUAGAAUGUGAAUGGAAGACACACAAUCUGUCUACUAAGUUGCACACAGGGAAAGAUCUUGAAGAUGGAAGUAUCAGCAAUCACAGCCACCCACAUAUUAGGAUGUUAUGCCAAAGAAUCCAGAAGUUGAAGGAUCAGAUUUCCAACCUGGGCCAAAAGCAAGCUUUUAGACCACAAGUCCCUUCAUAUGACUGCUUGUACCAAGAACUUCAGCAGUAUGUCAGCAGCAUUGCCCAGACCUCAGAAGUUCAGGAUCUUGUGGCUCGCCUUUUCCAGUUCCUUCGUGGGGAUAAGUCCCAGUCACUCCAGGCAGUACAAUAUGUGCUGAAUGAAGAAGCAUCAUGGCAACAGUCACACCAUCAGUUCAGGAAACGCUUGGCAGAGGACUAUGCUGCCUUCCCUGAUGCAAUUACACCCCUGCAAGCUGCCAUUUUGCAGAUGCAGCAUGGCCUGAGACUUGUGGCUUCUGAAGUCCAUCACAUGACAUUCAGCAGUUUUGUCUGUCCAGCCAAGCUUGGGACCCUUGUUGCUUCUCUGUUGUCAUUUCCUUCUGUUGGAAGCACCUUUCCCACUUACCUUUCCCAUGCAGAUGCUUUAUGCUCUGUGAACUCUCUAGAUGUCCUUCAUGGCCUUAAGAGGCUCUCUCUGAAAUACUCUGCUGAUGGUUUGGAUGGAGAGCAGAAGGUGUGCCUUACCCAGGAGCAGCUGCUAGUGAAUGCUCUGUUGUAUCUUCGUUGCCAUGUGCUGGCGAAGGGAGAGAUGGAUCAUAAAUCUCUGCAGCUUUUUAGACACCUCUGUCAGGUAAUUAUAAAUGAAUGGGAUGAACAAGAGCACCAGGCCCAAAAAGAGGAGGACCAAAAAAAUAGUCUUUAUAGAUACAGGACCAAGAGCCAUGGAACUGGACUGACUGAAGAGCAGGAGGAAGAACAGGAGUUCAGAAUGAAGUUUCCUCUUCAUGAGAAGGAUUUUGAAGAUAUAACUGCUCAGGCAAGCCUUGAGGGGGAAAUGGAAACAGAAGAUGGUUCAGAAAAUGGAGCAGCCCCUGAAAAACCUCUCCUUUCCCAUCACUCAAUGAAAACAGUAAUGACGGUUCAUCAGCAACUAUGCCUUUACUUUGCACGAUCCCUGUGGUAUCAGCAAAACCUGCCCUCCCAUCAGGCUAAGCAUCAUUUGAGUACUUUCCUUGCCUGUUAUCAGACUGGUGCUUCAUUGGUGGCUCACUUCUAUCCUCUCAUUGGUUCUGAACUGGAUGAUGAUCUUCAUGGCAGCCAACUUCUUGCAAGCACAAUAUUGCAGAAUACACUCUUUGAAGAAGGGACUUCAGAGCUUGCCCUUCAGCACCAAGAGCCAUAUGACUUCUAUCACCAUCCUAAUAUUCAACAAGUACGACAGUGCCAACAAGUACUUGAAAACUUCACUAAAGGAGUGAAAGCACUGUUGCAGGAAUGGCCUGAACACCCUGCCCUUGUUCAGCUCUUGGUUGUGACGGAUAGAAUCUGUAGUUUUCCUCUCUCCAGCCCCCUCUCAAAGUUCCUGAAUGGCUUAGAAAUUCUGCUUGCCAAGUCUCAGGAUUGGGAGCAGACAGCUAGUCUAGCUGUUUCUCUGAGGAAACACCUUGAUUCGGUCACUCAGCUGAUCAUCCAGUGGCGUAAACUAGAGCUCAACUGUUGGUCUGUUAGUUUGGACAACACAAUGAAACAUCACACAGAAAAAUCGAUGAAGCACUGGUUUUCAGUCUAUCAGAUGAUUGAGAAAUAUAGGCAAGAACAGACAGAGAAGAAAACUGAAGAAGUGAAUUUAACUGCAGUGGUCAAUACACUGCAGGCUUUCAUAGAAGGAUCUACAUUGGGGGAAUUUCACACACGACUUCAGAUGCUGUUGGAAUUCCACUGCCAUGUCUUUCUGAUGCCCCAGGUGGAAGGAAAUGACAUGUUGUGCAACGUGCUGUGGAAUCUAUACAAUUACUAUAAGCAGUUUUCAGAAUGUGUGCAAGCCAGGCUGACUGAACUUCGACAACCUAUAGAAAAAGAACUGAAGGAGUUUGUGAAAAUCUCUAAAUGGAAUGAUGUUAGCUUUUGGUCCAUAAAACAGUCUGUGGAGAAGACUCACAGGACACUUUUUAAAUUUAUGAAGAAGUUUGAGACUGCUCUCAAUGAACCUUGUCGAUCUGCCUUGGUGGAGACAGAGCAACUAGUUUCUUUGCAGAAGCAGGAAGCAUCUGACAACCAAGAAACUAAAAUUCAGAGCUUGAACAACAUAUUGAGGAAAAAACUGACUGCUAGAACAGAUGCUCAGGCUUCUCAUUUAGAGGAAUUCCAAGGAGAUGUGUUUCACCCAGAAUCUCUUCAAGGUCGUUUACCAAAGCUUACAAAACGGAUGAAGAAGAUAUGCACAACGCUAGUGAAGAACAACUCCUGUUUGGAUCUAGUUGAGAACCUUGACCAUUUCACAGGUGACAUCAUUUCCUCUGCCCAUGAGCUACAAAACAUGUCAGUCAAUCCAACUGCAGAUAAGGAAAAACAGAAGUCGGAAGUCAAGCACUUACUUGUGCAAAAACAAAGGGCCCUAUCAGAACUCUUUAAAAGCCUUGCAACUAUGGGGUUGUCAUAUCGCAAAGGACUUGCUUGGUCUCGUUCAAAAACUUCCCAGGAUCUGCUUUUCCUUCGUCCAUUGGAUUUGCGCAGUGCAUUAGCUUUAGUGAACUGCACACACAAACUGGAUGCAACGUUACUUUCUGAGAUCUCUUCAUCCUGGGAUGGAUGCCAGAAAUACUUUUAUCAGUCUCUUGCACGCCACUGUAGGCUUCAGACAGCAUUAUUAGCACCUUCAAAGGAAAUUGGGCUCAGUGCUAUUGAGAGAUGUAAAGGAUUCCCUGCCCACCUCAUGAAGAUGCUUAUCAAGCAGAGGAGUACUCUCACUUCCUUGACAGAGCAGUGGAUUAUCUUGAGGAAUUUUCUGAGCUGUGUACAGGAGAUUGAUGCUCAGCUGAAUGUUACUAAUGAAUACGAGGUAGCAUUUCCUCCUCAAGAUGGUGUUCAGCAGUGGACUGACAGGUUGCAGUACCUUGCCAUGCAGUGUGUAGUGGUCCUGGAACAGCUGUCGUGGUUUAUAGAGUGUUGUCCAAAAGGCCAAUCCUUGAACGUGCCCAGGUCAGAAAUGUCAUCGAAAGAAACUGAACUGAGUCCAUCCAGUGUUCAAGUCCAGCCAGUGUUCAAGUCAGUACUGGAGCUCAUCUCUUCAGAACUCCAAUAUCUCACUCCAGUGGCUGUAGAUCAGCUGCCUGUUGGAUGCAGGAUGCGAAAACAUGAUCCACUGUGUCAGCAGUUGGCUUCCAGAGUGGAAGAGAUGCUAGCGGAGGUGAAGGCAGUAAAAGCAGAUGUGGACAGAAUAAGACAGUUGUCUUGUGAGACUCUCUUUCAUUCUUGGAAAAGCUUUGAAGUGUGCUCUUCCGGGUUAGAAUGUUUGUUGAACGUUUCAACCCAAUUACAGGAUAUAGAAUCCUUGUUUGUUCUCCCCAAGAUGGAAAUCGGCCAAGCUGUACCUCAAAUGGCAUUAAUCAGGAGUCUCAUAUACAUCCAAGGAGAAAUUAAUAAAAGUGUAGAUGACUUUGCUAUCUGGAAAACACAGCUGUUCAGCUCAAUUUCACACUGUGAUGGGGACCAAGAAUCGGAUGACGAUGGGUUUGUGGAGCUCUUCUCAGAACAAGUAGAACUUGCAAUCCAGGCUAUCCUGAGUGCUGUGCAGUGUUUAGUAGAAAAAAGAAAGGAAAGAGAGGAGAAAGAUACUUCCCUGAAGGAAGAUGGGGAAGAACCCUCAGUUGACCAACUCAAGUCAGGACAUUUAACUAAACUUUUGGGUGAAGACAUCUGUGCUGAUGUGAGUUCUUUGCAUGUACAGAAAAUAAUUUCAGUGAUUUCGGAACUUCUGGAGCGACUGAAAUCCUAUGGAGAGGAUUACACAGCCUACAAGUGCAAGCUUUUCAAUCGGUCCUGCCACUUACUGGUGCGUCUAUUGCCAAUACUUUGCAAUUAUUCCAGUAUCCUCCUCUUCUGCCUCACUGUUUCCUUGGCCACACAUAGGAGUACUGGAAAGCUGCUGUCUGUUCUAGCAAACAUAUUUACUGAACUUGCCCAGAAGGGGUUUUGCUUACCAAAAGAAUUAAUGGAGGAUGCUGCAGGAGAGGGAGCCACGGAGUUCCAUGAUUAUGAAGGAGGCGGCAUUGGAGAAGGGGAAGGCAAAAAGGAUGUGAGUGACAAGAUCGAGCACGAAGAUCAGAUAGAAGACACUUUCCAAAAGGGUCAAGAAAAAGAGAAUGAAGACCCAGAAUCUCAACCAGAUGUUGAAGGAGAGGACAAUGCAGUUGAAAUGUCAGAGGAUUUUGAAGGAAAAACUUAUGAUGGUGAACAAGAAAAGCAAGAAGAUGAUGAAAAAUCUGACGAAGAUGAAGACUUAGAUAAACAGAUGGGCAAUCUUGGAGAUGCCGAGGCUGACAAAUUAGAUGAGCGGCUUUGGGGAGAUGAUGAAGAUGAUGAUGAUGAAGAAGAGGAAAAUGACAAUGAUGACAGCGUUACAGAAACUGGACCAGGCAUGGAUGAGGGUGAUUCAGAACUUGUGGCAAAAGAUGACAACAUGGAUUCUGGCAAUAAAAAUGAUAAGAAAUCACCCAAGGAUGAAGAAAAAGAAAAACAAGCAGAUGAUGGUGAAAGCAAAGAGAAAAUCCAUGAACAAAUAGAUGAGCGUGAAUAUGAUGAGAAUGAGGUGGAUCCUUAUCAUGGAAAGCAAGAGAAACAGCCUGAAGCUGAAGCACUGGAUCUCCCCGAUAACCUGAACCUAAAGAAUGAAGAGGAUGAGGAUGAGGAGAAAGAAGAAGCUGGAGAAAACCCCUUUGAGAUUGAAGAAAAGGCAGUGGAUGAAGAUGAGAAAGAGAUGAAGGAAGAGGAUUCUGAAGAUAUGGCUGGAGAUGGUCAAGAUCCCAAGCAAGCUGAAAAAGAGUCUUUUGAAGACAAAGGUGAAGAAAACAUGGAGGAAGAAACAGAGGAAGAAGGAAAUGCAGGGAAUCCUGAUGAAAAUAAAGGGGAGGAAGAGGAAUCCCCAGCAGACGACCAAAAAGAGUUUCCUGAAGAAGAUGAGAAAAGGAGGGGCAUCCCUGAUGAUCAGGAAGGCCUUCAUCCCCAGGAAGAGGAGAUUGAUAACUCUGACAAGGAUGAACAAUUACCUGAUGCUGUUGAGAGAAUGGAACAUGAAACAUACGGACAGACAGGAGACGAGAACCUUCAGAGUGAUGCUGCCGUGGAAUUGGCUGGAGCUGCGGCAGAGAAGGACCAGGCUAAAGAGGAGCAUGGAAGUGGGGCAGCUGAUGCAAAUCAGUCAGAAGGACAUGAAUCUGAGUUCAUGGCACAAUUGGCUUCUCGGAAACAAAGCAAAAAAAAUACCCAGACUUUUAAGAGAAAACCUGGACGAGCUGACAACGAGCGUUCAACAGGGGACCACAGUCAACACGUCCAAAAGCGAUUGAGAACCAUGGAGUCCAGCCGUGAAGUAGAGCAGCCUUCAAUUCAGCCAGAACAAAAAGUGGAAGAAGCGGAUGCUUUUGAGCACAUUAAGCAAGGCAGCGAAUCCUAUGAUGCACAAACAUAUGAUGUAGCUAGUGAAGAACAAAAAACAGCCAUGCCUCUCAGUGAAGAUAAUGAAGAACCCGUUUCUGAAGAUGCAGCCAUGGAAACAGAAGCUCAUAAUGCUGAGAAUCUUAAAGCUGCAGAAACAGAGAAGAUGAAUCCAGAAGUAAAGAUGUCUGGUGCUUCCAAAUCUGGAUUAGAGGAGGUGGAAUUGGAAGCCCAUGCUCUUAAUUCUGAAGAUGACAAAGAGAGUGGAAAUGAAAAACCAUUGUUGGAAGUGAAGCCAGACAGGACCAAAGAAUCUACUAUACAUACUGCCCCUCAGUUCUUGAAAGAUACUACUGUCCAGCGCAUUGUUAAGCAUCCUGAAGAGCUAAGGCAAGAACUAGAAAAGCAACUGGAAGCUUGGCAGACUGGAAACAUUGCUGAGGAAAAGGCGGCAGCAGAGACGUGGCAGAGAUACCUUCUACUCACUGCGCCUCUUUCACAGCAGCUUUGUGAACAGCUCCGACUCAUACUAGAGCCAACUCAGGCCGCUAAGCUGAAAGGUGAUUAUAGAACAGGGAAAAGGCUGAACAUGCGUAAAGUAAUUCCAUACAUUGCCAGUCAGUUCCGAAAAGACAAAAUCUGGUUACGAAGGACCAAGCCCAGCAAACGGCAGUACCAGAUUUGCUUAGCUCUUGAUGACUCAGCCAGUAUGGCAGACAACCACUCUAAGCAGCUUGCUUAUGAAUCCCUGGCAGUGAUUGGAAAUGCUUUGACUCUCUUAGAAGUGGGACAAAUUGCUGUAUGCAGCUUUGGAGAGACGGUUCAGCUACUGCAUCCAUUCCAUGAACAAUUUAAUGAACAAUCAGGAACCCAGAUACUGCAGCUCUGCAAAUUUGAACAAAAGAAAACUAAGAUAGCUCAGUUUUUAGAAUCCUCAACAAAUAUGUUUGCUGCAGCACAGCAGUUGUCUCAAAGCAUCACUCCAGAAACUGCUCAGCUGCUCCUGAUAGUAUCUGAUGGAAGAGGUCUUUUCCUGGAGGGCAAGGAACGUGUCACAGCAGCUGUUCAGUCUGUUCAGAAUGCAAAUAUCUUUGUUAUUUUUGUGGUGUUGGACAAUCCUAACUCACGGGAUUCCAUCUUGGAUAUUAAAGUGCCUGUGUUCAAGGGACCAGGAGAACUGCCAGAAAUACGAUCAUACAUGGAAGAAUUUCCUUUUCCUUUCUACAUAAUUCUCAGAGAUGUGAAUGCCCUUCCGGAGACUCUCAGCGAUGCACUGAGGCAGUGGUUUGAGUUGGUGACUGCCUCAGACAGCCUGUAGAGUUUGCCAGGUCAGGCAAAUACCUGGUCACUAGGGAAUGACAGAAGCUCACAAAUGAAUUUAAAUUGCUAUUCGUGGGCAAGAAUCCAUACACUUUUAAUUCAUGCAUUCUUCCUCAUCAUGCAGAAGACUAUGCAAUCAUGAGGAAUGCAAACUCUGUUCAUGUACUCCUUGCCUAUCUAUAUUUGGAAACAGCAGAAAACCACCUUCUCCCUUGUUGCUCUGAAUAAUUUAUUCUACAGGUUUUGUUGGUAUUUCCAUAUCCUUAAGAAAUAAGUGAGUCCUAGGACUUAAUUUCUAUAGUAGUAAGAAGCUAGUCUUGCUUCUGAGAGGGAAAGAAAGUUACAACUAGAAUUGUUUAAUUAUAAUAAAAUACUUGUCUGUUUUAGGUUAAUGUGUGAGUGGACCCUGUACUUGAGGGGAGGGGGAGUAGAAUUUACACAGCCAAAAAAAACCCUACUUGAAUACUUGAAACUGUUUGCCAUUGCUGAAUUGUUGCUGGUUGUCUGAUAAUGCCAGAAGGGUAUUUUUGUGACAUGAAAGACUCUGCAUUAUCAUUUUACACUGUGAAGUUUGCCCUCUGUCCAAGGCAAAUACUAAACACGCAUUUUCGUAUCCUAAAAGCAUGCACAAGACUCUUUCCCCCACCCCUUUUCAUUGCAAAAUCUAUGCAUCAUUUGUGAUUACUAAUAAAGAUGUUUUUCUGUUUGUAA